UCGAAAACGCACAGAGCAGGAGCAGAAACGGUUUCAAUGUGAUCGAGCCAGAAACGCGUGCUAAAAAUUUUAUCUUUUCCGAUUAGUGUUCGAUCACCUUCGCCUUUCGCAAUGUCGCUAUUGGAUAAUUCAAUCCACAUUACGCAUUACAUCAAUCCCCAUUGCUUCUAUUACAAACCGGAAACGGCGUACAUGCAGGAACAUGAGCAAGCAAAGUUUGCGGCCGCUUUCAACGAAUGGUGUGAAAAAAGUUAUGGAACAAUUUACGACACGGUUCGAAAUACUCAGCCGUGCAAACAUCCACUGCCGGGUGAAUUGGUAGCGCUGUGUAGUAAUCAGCUCCAGCGAUGGAUACGCUGCGAGAUGGAAGAAGUUACGGUGGAUGUGGAUGACACCACAUGGUAUUAUCUGUGGGCCAUCGAUGAAGGUUUACCGAUAAAAACACACACCAAAUAUGUGAGGCCUCUGCCAAAAGAGUUCGUGAAGGAACCGGCGCAUGCUAUACGAGGUGCCAUCAUAAACAUUCUGCCUGGCGAAACGCGAUUCGAUUAUGAGGAAGACAAGCAAAUAUUAGUACCCACAACCAAGUGGAGUCCCGGCAUAGUAAGCACGUUAGAAUUUAUGCUGGAGAAUGCUGAAAGUAUUUCAUUUUUGCCAAGCCUUAAGUAUGUGCUGAAAAAUGAAACGAUUAAUAUUGGGGAGCUGUUCAUUAUCACUCAAGCGAACGUUUCAUACAGUGUGGCACAAAAGCUUCACGAAGCCUGCUCUGAUCAGGUGAUAGUAACCCAAAACGCAAAGUUUCUCAAAGGAAUCGAGUAUCUGCGAGCGUUAAACAAGAAAAGAUAUCUUAACAACGAAGGAUUCGACAAUCAUGCCGUGAAUAAAUUUGAAACCUAUUAUCUCCAAGCUAGUCACGAUUCCGCUAGCCACGCAAACAUGGGUUCGGAAACGGAUAGUACGGUGACUGUGAAGGUAUAUGAAUGGUUGAGACAAAAUAAGGAAGCACGCAUCGCUAUACUGGAACAACAAAAGGCUAAAAAAGAUCGAAUACAAGAACCUCCAGCAAUAAACAAUAUUGCUUCAGCCUCCGGUUCGAAAACCGAUGUAACGGAUUCUUCUUUCCACAAACUUGUCGAAAGUGGAACGGACGCUGUUCCGUUUCGAAGCAAGCCAUCGAAUUUAAUCAAGAACAUAAAACGCCAUCAAACUAGACAAUUGUCCAAAACAGCAGCUGGUGGAAGUCCGUCCAUUGCAUCGGAAUAAUCAAGCGCCUUUGAAUAAUACGCAACUAAUUCAGGUAUACAGCCCAACCAAUCAAUUUACAUUUAAUCAAAUGUACUACUAUAAGUAGACAUUAAUCCGAAUAUGUCGGAUAUCUUCAGUAAGCAUUAGUACACAAAAUUAAUGCAAUUUUGAAGUACAUUCUCAUUAAACAGAACAUUGAUGUUGAAGAAUUCUUAUAGGUUUUGAUACAGGUAUCACGAGUUACCAUGAGAAAAGAGACAUAUAAUUAGGUGAAGCAUUGUUCUAAAGACAUCCAAGAUGAGAUAGGACCAAACUUGUUUACACCAAUGUUUCAUACACUAUUCCUUGUGACUAUAUUGUUUCGUUUAUUUCAUUUAACACCAUUUAAUGACAAAUAAAUCAUAAUUUCAAUAGCAAUUAGCAUUAUUUUGAAUAUUUAAGAUGUAUGUAUUUAAGGGGGUUAUAUUGCAGCAUGUGUUGCCGAGCUUACAUGAAAGCAUCACAUACGUGAAUAAAAUAUGAAAGUUGUAGUAGUUGUA